CAACUUUUUCUACCCGCAACGGUGAAUAUUUUCAUAUAGCCGCUGGUCGGCCAUAAUACAUUACACAGCCAGAUUAUUUUAGGAAAGCAGUUUUUUUUAAAUUUUCGGUUCCCUUUACGGUGUUCUAAUAAUAUUUUACCAUGAAUUUGAGCGCGGUAUGUGUUGCCUUAUCAUUGGUCAUCGGUUGCGCGGUGUGCGCACCGAUUAAUACCAAUUCCACCGACACCGGCAUGAGUACCGAGCAGAUGCAGUCCAUCCGCCAGCAGUUUGAGAAGGAACAGGCCGAGGUUAGACGCAAACAGGACGAAGAAGCCUUCCGUCAGCAGCUGCGCCAGGAGAGCCAAAUUCAGCAGGAGAACCUCCAUGAUGCGGCGCCGAUUGGAGCAGGAUCUAAACUCGUGCCGGGUGUGCCCAUUAUCCCCACUGUGCCGGUUGUGCAGACGGUAGGCGGUACCGGAUCGGCGGUUCCCAUUGUGCCCGUUAAAGUGGAUAUCACCACUACCACCGCAACUCCCAUGAUUCAGGGAAGGGCCGAUGACACGGAUGCGGUGCUGCGAGCCUUCACUGACCUCCUGACACCCAAGAUCGGCGGCAACAUGAUCCCGAAAGGCCCCCCUGCCCAGCCGGCUGCUGCCACUGCCUUGCAGACUGCCCAGCCUCAGGUGCAGCCGGUAGCCACUGCCCCCAUGGCAACUGCCGGCAUGGAUCCGCGUUUGAUGCAGUUUCCCAUGGCCGGCAUCAACGGUGGCGGCAUGAACUAUCCCAUGGGUGGCCUGCAGGCUGCUUUACCGCAGACCGUCUCCAUUCCCAUGGCCGCCAUUCCUCUGGCUCGUUCGGACCAGCAGCAGCUUCCGCAGACCCAGCAGGCCAACCCGGCAUAUGGACAACAGCAGCUGAUGGCGCGCGACAUGAACGGCUAUCCAACGAUGGUGGACCAGCAGACUCUGAACAGCUUAUACGGAAACCAGGCCGCGCUGCAGCAACCCGUAUACACCGGAACUGGGAUGUAAAUGAACUGUUGUAGUAAAGUUUGAAUUUUUUUAUUGUUUUGAAUUUUUAAUGCGGAUGUGGUAAUGAUGGUCACUUGCAGUCCCUUGAUGAGUCUAAUAACUAUACCUUCUACUUCUGUCAUGAAAAAAUUGCGCUAAUAAGACUUGCAACAAACUGAUAAUCUCAGUUCAAAAUGCGUAUCAAAUUACCGAUAGGAUAGGUACACCAA